AUGCCACCAACGGUCCAUGGCUCUUCAGCUUUGGCUCUGGAGAUUGUCUCCGAGCUACAGCGUCAUGGCGGCCGAUUGAUGGCCAAUCACCUCUUCUAUGGACGCCCAGACCUCCGAAAGCGCAUGGGCGAUGAGAAGCUCUUGCAAUUCCUCCAAGCCUUCCCACACCUCGUGCAAAUCCAUGAACGCUCUGGCGGCCAUGCCCUUGAAGUGGUGGACCUUCAGCUUGGGCCACCGACGGUCGGGCUGGGUCGGGCGCCCAGUGGUGCUUUGGGUGGCCAGGGCGCGCCGGAACGAGGCGUGCAUGCGCUGCGGGCGUUGGAGCGGGACUUGCAGAACACACUGCGAGCCAAAAGGCCGGAACAACACACGCAGGUGCGAUACCUGCUGCACAACGGGAAGCUGCGGCGGAGGAUUGGGGCGGUGGUGCGUUUUCUCCCGGUGCCGGAGCUCAUCCAAGUCGAAAGGAUGAAUGGGAGUCCAGUGAAUGGAGUCGAAAGUGAGAUGCCGCGAGGGUGCCCUGUGUCUGCACAUGCCAGAACCUAUGCUGCAUAUCUUUUGCAGUUUCUCCGUGAUCGGCCUGGGAAGUUUCAGUUGGAGCAUGGAGGCCGACAGGAUUCCACACCUUGUGCCAAUGGUGACUGCUGCUCAUGUCAGUUCCAAGUGCUCCUCCUCCCACAAGAUGUGCUGGACGAAGACACAAGCUUCAUCGACUUGCUGCUGCUGAAGAUCCAGCAAAUGAUGCAAAAGACAGGGAGCCAGAAGGUGCCAUUGGUUCGCCUGGGUCGCGAUCCUCAAGUUCAAGAGGCCUUAGGCGGUCGCUCCCUGCUUCACUGCCUCGAACGACACUUGGACCAGCCCAAGCCGCUGUUCCGCCUCGAGACUUCGGUUUCAAUCAUGGUGUCGCUUGUGAGACCCGAGGAGGUGCCCGGCGUCGCCUCGCCUGCCGCGGAGCACGACAUCCGCCGGAACGAGCGGCGGAAGAUGCGGAACGAGCCUCCCGUCACCGUGCUGGGCGAAGCUCCUGGGAUGGCUGUCUUGCUGAAGUCUGCGGGACGGACGACGGAGGCGGAACUCUGGGCUCUUCAAGAGGCAUAUGAUCGAGAGAAUCUCCAGAGGCGGGUGGUGUCCGUGAGUCGCCUGGAUCGCGAUACCUCUGGCGUCCUGGUGUGCGCCUUGGGUACUGAGGCGGCCGAGGUCUUGACCCAGCAAUUCAAGGAGCAUCAAGUCUUCAAGCGUUAUUUGGCCCUUUGUACUGGUCGUGUCGAACCUGCUGAAGGAGAGAUCAACGCCAAACUCUACAUCUCCGGCUUUGCUGAGAAGUAUCGCGCCUAUGUCUCGCCCAAAGGGAAGCCAUCGGUGACCUUCUACGAAGUCUUGGGCGUUUUCCGAAGGACUGAUGCCAAGACUGAUGCCAAGGCUCCCCAGCUCCAAGAAGUGGAUGAGUUGAGCUGCGCGCUUCAGGGCUAUGCCAAGGUCACGGAAAUGGCAGAAGCUCGCGAGGAGUACAGCCUGCUGGCCUGCUAUCCUGGCACUGGGCGGACGCACCAAAUCCGUGCCCACCUCCAGUUCAAAGGCUACCCGAUCGUGAGUGAUGCCAACUACAGCGCUCGUGGGAAAGUGAGGCCGCAAUUCGAAUGGUGUCCUCGCUUGUGGCUGCACUGCGCGCAGAUGUCUUUGUUGGACCUCGAAGGGCAAUGGCAAGAUUGGAGGGCGCCACUGGCGAAUGACCUGCAGCGAGUCUUGAGGAAGCUGGAGGCGGAAGAUGGACGCAGCGGGUUGGAAGUGCUCCAGGUCAUGUAUCUACACAGCGGAGGAGGAGCGAACCUUCGUCCGGGAUCACUUAGGCCCACAGCUGCAGAAAGCCUCUCCGGAGGUGAAGAUCCUCGUUUGGGACCACAACCGGGAUGGCAUGUUGGAGCGGGGCGCUGUGAUGUACGACGACCCUGCAGCAGCAGAGUUUGUUUGGGGAGUGGCCUAUCACUGGUAUGGUGA